AUGACUUGGAAGGAGUUGGCUGAAGCUGAUGAUCUUGCUUCCGCUCUCACCGUUGACCCUUAUCUUGGAUUCACUACCCAUAAAAUGACUGACAUGAAGCUAAGAAUUCCAGAUAGAAUUAAAAGGAAGUUUCGUGAUAUUAUAUGCAACUUUCAGAAGCAUAAAUGUUAUGAUGCUGCCUAUAAUCAGUUGAUAGCCGAUCCAAAUAUUGUAAAACGUCCUUGGAGUGUUGAUCCUCGGUUCAAAGAGCAUGUCAAUCGUUAUCUUUUAUUGUUUGAUGAUCGUUCUGGCAUCGAAAUUCGACCAUGUUGGCGCUAUGCAUCGGAAAACCAUAUGGGUGCUGCAAUUUUCGCAACAAGAGAUUGGGCUAAAGGAUCACGUAUCAGUACCUUGGUGGGAUGUAUUGCUGAACUUAAACAUCACGAAGAAGCUGCAUUUCUGAAGCAUCACAAAAAUGAUUUUUCGGUUAUGUAUUCUUCUAGGAAAAAUUGCUCUCAGUUGUGGUUGGGUCCCGCUGCCUACGUUAAUCAUGAUUGUCAUCCAAAUUGUGAGUUCACAAUUAACUGUGAUGUUGACGCUCGUAUGAGUUUGGAAGCAAAAACGGAUAUAAAAUGUGGUGAUGAAAUUUUUAUCUAUUAUGGUACUCACUUUUUUGAUACAAAUAAUAGAGCUUGUGAGUGUUUUACCUGCGAGUUAUUGGGGCGCGGUUAUUUUAGUAAAUUUACACAAACGAUUGACAGUGCCACUGUUUCCAAUCAAAAACUGAUUCCAAAUAUUGUGAAUGGUCAAGAAAACUAUACCAGAAAUAUAGCGUCGUAUCACAAUGCCCGUUACAAUCCUAAUGCUCGUAGUCAUGUUCUUCUUGAUAAGAUGAACUUAUUACCAGAUAAUACUCUGUCUGCAUGUAAUGAUGCACAAAAUGCUAAGCAAUUAUCUUUGGAUUUUUUCCUCGAAAAGGGAUCUUCCACUGGUUUAGCUUGUAAAGCAUUACCUAAUGCCUACGCCUUACGCCAUACUGGAUCUCGUCUAAACCGCGUUAAAGCUCGAUUAUUUGCUGCAAAAGUAGCUUCUAUAAACAGAUCCUUUGGUGUGAACAGUCAAGAAAACAGAAAGCCAAAAAUCAAGUCUUACAAAAAGUGCAAAUUAAGAAUGACAAUUUCAAAUAUCAUUCCCUCUUUAAAAAGAAACAAGUCAAAAUCAAAUCCCCACGCCAUUGGUAAAAAAAACCUAAUGAAAUCUGUCGCUGCCGUAAAAAGCCGACAAAUAUUGUCUGACGCUCAAGCAAAGGACAAUUUUACUUCGAGAAGAAAUAUCGGUAACCUGUCUGAUCACAGUAUAGUUUGUGAUGGUAUAUCAUGGCAGGAAUCCGAUGGGACAAGUAGUGGAUUAGGGCGGAGUGUUAACAAUGACAGUAGUGGCUCCAAUAGUCCAUUACCACCAGAUUUGGAUCGGAUGUCAUCGACUUCACCAAACAAUUCAUUCAGUGAAACGAUUGUUGUUACACCUGAUCUUAAAUCAUCUUACUAUCUUGAAUCACUAGUUCAAAAAUGCACUGACAAUCGGAAUAUGAAACGAAAACCAUGUAGUAUUAGUGCUGAGUCUUCUAUACCAAUCAUCAGUCCAUUACGAAUUACAGCUGAAAAUGAACUAACAAAGAAUGUGGAACCUAUUUUGGGACGACUUAUGCAUGAAACAAAGUGUAGUGGUGAUUUAAAAAACCCAUUAACUACUAAUUAUAUAUUUAAUCAAUCUACUACUUCUGAACACUGUCGAAGACGUUUAACAAAUUAUGAUGCUCGUUUGAUAGCCGAGGCCAGUUUGCUCACUCCGGUAUCCAAACAAAGGCAACGUAAACCGCCAAUUUAUCCAGAUUCUGUAGAGUAUGUUUCAUUUAAAAAUACGGUGAGAUCUAAAACAAGAUCAAUAAAGUGUGGAAAUAAAGAUGAACUUUUGAAUGACAAGUCACAAAAUAACAACGGCCAUGAUGUUAAAGAUGCAAAUGACGAUUCUAAAAGUUUUUAUACUAAGUACAACCCACAAUUAGGGUUAUCUUUUGUGGGGAAUAAAUAUGUUGCGGCUUCAGGAACACAGUGUUAUGCAAUGCCGGACCAAUGUACGGAUAUUGAGUCUUUUUCUGAGGAGCUGAUACCCCCAUUACUAACCAGUCCUUCGAAACUUCAUACAACGUCAUCAUUUACUUUGUCAGAUAGUUCUCAUGAUGUGGGUCCUCCCUCCAUAUAUUCCACAGCUGAAGCAGAUGAUAGAAGUGAACUCAUUUCGAUUGAUUCUGAACUCACUGAAUCCAAUUUAGAUACUGAUUCCUCAUGUGAUUAUCAUAUUUCUAACACACCUAUAAUCCCUUUCAGUCUUUAUAAUAAGUCCAUUACAAAUGACAAAAAAAGUUCUUUAAUGUCAGCUGAACAUAUUCUUAUAGAUCAUGAUUACUCUUUGCCAGCAUAUGAUGCUGAAUGUACUCUAGUUUCGGAUCCAAUACUUAACACUAAAAUAAACAACCAAGACCACCGACAGAAAUCCGAGAAAAAUUCACUUCAAAACUAUAGUAUCAAUAAUAAUAAUGAUAAAAACUUUAAUGCAUAUUUACCAGAAGUCGUCCGUACACCUCCACCUCCACUUCUGCAACCAGAAACUCAAUCUAGUAUUUUCGAAUUGUAUGCUCGUGAUUCACCACGUAAAAUUAAAAGUGAUUUCCUCUCGAAUUCAUCUCAUAUCCCCUCAGUUUCCUACGCUCAUAAUUCAUGGCAGUCUCGAACUUCAGAUACAAAGGACAUUUGGCACCCUGAUCUUCUGUUAUCUGACUCUUCUUCACCAGAUUCUCGCCGUCUAACGGUUACUCUUAAACGCGUUGGACCUAAGCAUUAUCAAAUAUCUCAACCAAGUAGACUUUUUAUUGAUUGA